CUGUGAGCCAUAUUUUCUCGACCUUCUUCGUGGGGCCCCCGACGUGCCGUGGAAAUUCUCUCUCACAAGUCAGUGGCAUUCGGGAUUUGCAACAGACACACCGUGCCGGGGCCCCGCUAAAUGGAUUUUUUUUUACUUCUUCUCACAUCACCAGAAAAGCAUUUCUCGGGCUUUUUUCAUUUUCACAGCGGACAAUUUUAAUUUUAGAGGCGCCACCCGUUGCCCCCCACAGAAUCCCCCCCGCGUGUGUGUGUGUGGAAAUGCGUAAAAGUGCUCUUAUCGCAUUUUAUGUGUAGAUUGAAGCUGUGAAAAAAAAACGAAUAUUUUGCAGUGCUGGGUGGGACAAAAAAGGGCAAUAAGAUUUCCUGAUAAAAGCCAUAUCGACGUGUUUAGGAGAAUCUCGGCUGUGGGGCAGAAGCAGUGUGAGGGAAGGAAUCACCAAGGAUGCCACACAAUCUUCCACACUCCUCGCCAUUUAGUCUCCAUAAGCCAUCAGCAACAGCACAGAGAUUCUUCCACUGAGGGACAGUUUUCCUCAGAAGAAAAAAAAGAAAAUCUCAGCAGAAGGAGGAAAAAAGAGUCACGCUAGUGUGGUGCGAGAGUGAUAUAGUGGCGUAGCCGUGUGUGCUCUUGGCCGGACAAAAAUAGCCCCCAGAGAGAGAUUUGCCGGAAUAGACAUGGCGCUCGUUAUGCUCCCCUGUGAGAUGCCCUGGUGGUCCAUGGUGCACCGAAAGCUGGCCGACAUUCAAAAGUGCUCCACGGUUGACCACCUCGUUGAGCACAUGCAGAAAAUUCACGACACAUGCAACGUUUCCCUCGAUCCCGAUGAGGAUAAGCGCGACUGUACGAUUUUCUUUGGACUCCGAACCUACAUGAACAGCCUCAUCGCACCCAGUGAGAGGGAACACCUCCUCCUGCACACAAUCCCCAAUAUUGCUCGACGUGCUCAGGAGUUGCGGAGUCACCGACCAGCGAGGGGGAUGAGCUUCAGCCUGCAGCAGCACACGGAAGGGGCAGAGCUGCAGUAUCCCUUUGUGGCUGCCCUCCUGGCCAAUGCGUUCUUCUCCACAUUUCCCAAACGCACCGAAAAGACCCAUCCAACACUCCAAGACUUCAACUUCACCCACUUCUUCGUGGAUCUGACCACGAGUAAUAGUCAAAGGGCGAAAUUUCAGGCUCUAAUGUACUACUUUGACUGGAUUGAGAAGAGCGACGAGAACAUCCGGGGGAGCCUCAAAGUGGCCCGGCGUGUCAUGACGGGGCGUCAGUGGUUGACCAUUGAGGAUUGGAUGGAAUGCGGGGUACCACUGUCGGGGAUUGAGAUUAAGCACGAAGCUAGAAUUGAGAGAUCUCCACCGGAUGUUAUUCAAACUGUUUUUGCAACGUCCAGAAUUGGUGGGAAUGUUCUCAGGGGUGGGAAUUCUCAGGAAAACAUUCAGCUGUGCACAGUUCCGGAAGCAUUGGUAACACUACUCUAUGUGGAAGCUCUGGAGGACAAUGAGACGUUGUAUGUUGAAGGUGGACGUCAAGUAGCAAGGAUAAUGGAUGCUCGUGGGAGGGGAAUUGUUGAGCUCUUGGAAACCCCAAGGGCAGUUUCGUUGAAUCUCAUGGAUGCCGAAGUGUACGAUCGCACCAUUGAGGAGUCCCAAUUUGAGGAAGACAAUAUCCUGCGGGAGCUAAAUAAGUGCCUUUUGGCAUUUCGGCAGCAUCUUACGUGUGCUGUCUUCGAGCCGUCGCGUGAACGUCGAGAUGCCCGGCGUUUAUCCCCAAUUGGGGAAUCAGGAACAAAUAGUCCGGGAGAUGCUCCCACUAUGGCUACAAUUGUGAUAAAACAGGCAAGCUCCACGAAAUCCAGUGAGUCUUCCGUGCGUCAGCAGGAUUUGCACUUCCUCUCGCCAUCUCCAUCGGGGCUUGUUGUUGGGCCAACGGCAUCCGGACGACGGGGGCGUUUCAUUGUACUGGGCUCCUCGGGGGAAUGCCUCCCGGUGACACGAAGAUCUCUGUCACAGUGCACCGGAAGUAGCUUGUACUCAAGCUGUGAAUCAUCCGAUGAUGAAUUCCACAGUGCCCGGGAUAGUGUGGAGGAUAGUGAGGAUGAGGAUGAUGAGGAAUUUGCACGGAAGUACUCCCAUGAGCUCGAUACACCCGAGAAAAGAUUCUCCUUUGCUCAACGCCUCCGGGAGGCUCUUCAGCAAUCCGAGAGCUACACCGAGAGCACCGACGACAGCUAUGCCUGCGGGAUUAGUGUGGCUGAUUCGAAGAAUUGUGAUAAUGCCAUCCGGGUGCGUCGUGCGGGAUCUGAUGGUUUUGUCCUCCAGGCUGACUCCCUGGAUGACACAUUCUACGAUGAUUGCCUCAAGUACGGGGAGAAGAUGAUUGGAACAGAUGGUCAGAAGAAGAAUCAAAAUGGUCCAACGAAAUCACGUGAACGUAAAAAUUCCUCCAAAUACAGCUUCAGCACGGAACUUGGGUCAGAACAGGAGGAAGUUUACGAGCAAUUUUCCAAGUAUGGACUAUGGAUGGAAGAUCCCAUUGGUCACAAGGAGCGUGAAUUGGAUCCCCGAGAUGUGGCUGUUCUGCGUUUUGCCGGUUCCCUGCUCAAGAGAACCCUCUCUGAGAGUUUUGUAGGUGUCCCCCUGACUGAGGGAUGCAUAAACAGUGUGGGCAAUCCCGCGGAGGAAACUUCCAUCCAGAGCUACCAGCAGAAGCAGGAAAAACCCAUCCUCAAUUCACGAUCUCUCUCCAUGGAGCUGGCCAAGCAUAAGCAUCGUCUUGCAGCUCAACUGGUGAAAAAAUCCCUGCUGGGAAUUGGGCUGUUGUGUCGCGGCCAGAGCAAAAAGCACAGAAAAUGGUCCAUUUCUCUGGUUCACACUUUGCAAACGAUUAAUUGUGGUGACAUCGUUGUUAAACCACCCGUUGAGAUUGCCCAAAUUCUGCAGCGUCGGAAGGUUAAUUCGAAUUUACGUCCAAUAGCAACGGGUAAUUGGGGCUGCGGUCGUCGGCAUCAGGGUGAUGUGCAACUCAAAUUUGUCAUCCAGUGGUUGGCCGCUAGUGUUGCUGGGCUUCCCGUGCUAAUUUAUCACACCGCAUCUAAUGAGAGACUCGCAAAGUUGGACACGGUGUGCAGAAUUCUGUUGGAUCGACGAUGGUCGGUCGGCCGGCUGGCGAGACUGAUGCUGAGGCAUGCCAAGAGGAUGCUGGAGGAGAACGAGGAGGAGGAUUCACAGGAAUUUUUGGAGAAACUCAUUGGCUUCCCUCCACCCCAAAGCAAUUAAUUUUUGGAUCAAAUCCAAUAAACAUUUUGUAUGAGAAAAUAUUGCCGCUGCAAUGGCAAUUUACAUCGAACUUUGCAUAUAAUUACACAAAAGUCUUCCUGAA